AGACAACUCUCAGAAAACUUUGGACAGGAACUUUCACCAUGCUCUACUCGUUGACAUUUCUCGUCGAAAAGCUAUCCCUUCUCUCGAACUUCAAACUUUUUGAGUUUAAAUGGACUGAUGGGAAACGCAAAGGGGCGGGAUGCACAGAGCGCACGACAUAUAGUCCUGCAGUCGCGCCGUUGCCUCUCCAGAGAGGGGACCUUUUGGAGGUGCCGAGGACUUUGUUCACGCACUUCGGUAUCUACUUGGGUGACAACAAAGUCGCCCACCUGAUCCCAGAUAUCAUGCCCGUGCUAACCAAUGACAAGAUGAUAAUCAAAAAAGUUAUCACAAAUAAGAGACUCAUCAUGGGUUGCUUGUACAAGUGUGCCGCGGUGCGCGUGGACACCUUGGAUGACUUUGUAUAUGGCUCAAACAUAUUGGUGAAUCAUAUGGAUAGAAAAUGCAAGGCGCAACAACCGUUACCUAAUGAAGAGGUUGCCGAGAGGGCAGAACAACUCGUCGGCGCCAUCCCUUACAGUUUACUAUGGAAUAACUGCGAACAUUUUGUUACAUACUGCAGAUACGGUUCAGCGAAAAGUCAGCAAACGGAAAUGUUUUGUGAGUUCCUGAAAUCAAUCAUCCGAGACCAGAGGAGUGUCUUUCUCAGUGUUCUCCUGGGAAUGAUCUACAUCAUCUGCUUUGGCCUAGCGCCUUCAACUACGUUACCCACAAUCCUCAUCCCCUUCACUCUGUGGAUGGCCAGCUGAGAAGCCAAUGUUCAAAGCCUUCAAACACUCCUAUAUGGACAUUUCAAUAGAAACUAUUUGGGAUGGUGUCUUUUGUUUGGUCCUUGUGAUGACAUCGAUUGGCACCUCCCAACUCAUUUGACUUUGGUAUAGGCCUAUAGUGGAAUGUCAUAUAAUAGUCGAUUGUUACAGCAAGCGCUAGCAUCCACUCACUUUUGAUUUGAUCCUUGCCAGCCAAAAGUAAACAUAGAGCAAUGUGGCUGCAGACCUAGCAAUUUUACAUGUGAGUGUUCAUGUCAACAUGUAUGUAGGUCAUUAAGGCAUUAUAAAGCCUUUAUAAAGGCCAUAUGAUCCCUCUGUGAACAAUGUAUUAUCCAUAUUUCCCCCAAAAGAUUGGCCAAGGCGCACUUUCUACUUUGUAUCUUACUGUGUAAGUCACUGUCGUCUGUAAAUCAUUUAUUUUCUUCAAUGAUGAUACUCUAGUAUAAUUUUUUUUUUUAAAUAGAUACAGUUUGAAACUCUAAGAGUACUACGCUGAUUAAUACAAUACUUAUGUGUUUUGAGAGCAGAUCAUUUUGUUUUCAAUCAAAUACAUUGUAAAUAUCAGAAAUGUUAAUAAAGAUAUUGGAAGUUG